AUGGGUCAGACACUUUCAGCACCUAUCACAGAGAAGCACUCGACUUCGGGUCACGAUGAACGUCUUGCUUAUGGCGCGUCAUCUAUGCAAGGAUGGCGAAUCUCAAUGGAGGAUGCGCACACAACCUUGCUGCAGUUAGAGAACGCCCCCAAAGGAACUUCCUUUUUCGCCGUUUAUGAUGGUCAUGGAGGUCCUAAUGUUGCCAUGUUUAGCGGGGAGGCUUUACACAAGAAGAUCGUGGCUGAUUAUGCCUUCUCGAAGGGUGAUUAUAAAACUGCAAUCAAGAAUGGAUUCUUGGAAAUGGAUCGUGCUCUUCGCCAUGAUCCCGAGUAUGGCUGCGAUUCAUCUGGAUGCACCGCCAUUACUGCAACCAUUACAGACAAUAAUAUACUCUAUGUGGGAAAUGCCGGUGAUUCUCGUGCCGUCCUUGGCUCUAAUGGAACAGCUAUUGCCAUGUCGAAUGACCACAAACCAAUGAACAAAGCGGAAGCAGCUAGAAUCGUCGCUGCAGGAGGGUUUGUUCAAUAUAACAGGGUAAAUGGAAACCUUGCAUUAUCACGAGCGUUGGGUGAUUUUGAAUUUAAGAUGAAUGCGAUGCUCGGACCUGAGGAACAAAUCGUCACUGCUAAUCCAGCCAUCAGGGAGCAUAAAAUAACGGAUGAGGACGAGUUUUUAGUCCUUGCAUGCGAUGGCAUUUGGGAUUGUAUGAGUUCUCAGGAUGUAAUAACUUUUAUCCGCAAGGGUAUUGCCGAUAAAAUCCCUCUGGAAAGAAUCUGCGAGAUGACUAUGGAUCAUUGUUUGGCAUCUGAUUGUGAUAUGGCAUACGUUGGCUGCGAUAAUAUGACUAUUAUUAUUGUGGCAUUUUUAAAUGGAAGGACUGUUGAAGAAUGGUAUGAGCAUGUCAGCAACCGCGUUGCUGUACGAUUGGGCCCAGAAAACCCCUCGGAGAGCCGUCCCAAUGGAGACGAAGAUCCCGAUGGCACGGCUGGGGAUGGUCAACUGUUGCCACCGCCAUCGAAAGCGGAGAGUCACCCACUCUAUUAUAUGGACAAUGUAGAUAUGGAGUAGGGUCUAAGAACGGGGGGAUAGUGUACCCAACCGAUCUGUAUCAUCAAUCAUUUCAUCGGGCAUAUUGUUCAUCAUUUCAUUACUUUUUUUUUUUCUUUUAUCAUAUUCAGUUUCACAUUGUACUGUGCAAGCAUAUCCAUGGUAUCUUAUUCCAAUAUUCAAUAUCCACACAUGUACCCAUAUCAAAAGC